GGCAGACUAGUUGGAUGCGUCCCUCGGUGGUCUCAUCUCAUCCACUUCCCUAAAAAAUCUCCAUUUUCCUCUGCAAGCAAAGCAGAUGCCAUAUUGACACUUUCACCGCCGAUCUGAGUGUUCUCUCUCUGCAGAAUUAGAGAGAGAGAGAGAGAGAGAGAGGUUAUAGACGGACGGACGGACGGGCGGGCCUACGCACCAAAUCUAUCCCUGUGUUCCUCGAUCAAUCUCCUCUCUCUUAUCUCUCUCUCUUUACUUCCGUUUAAUCAAUACAUACAGUAUAAUAUUUUCCGGUGUAUGUACAUAUAUUCCACCUUCUCUUUCGUUCUCUCUCUCUCUCUCUCUCUCUCUCUCUCUCUAUCUAUCCCCGUCGUUGUUUGUAUUAGUAGAUCGAGAUUCUUUGUAUUUAUUCCAUCUCCAUUGGUGGUUGAUUUUUGCUGGUGGGUUUAUCGUCUUUCAGCCUCUCUUACCUUCUCUCUCUCUCUCUCUCUCAACCCUCGAGGAAUCGCCGCGCCUCAACGCCUAUACAUUCCCGAUUGAAUCGAGGGCUUUGCUUUUUUUUUUUUUGGUCCAAAUUUUGUUGGGGGUUUUUUUUUGUCUGGGGAAAUCGUUGUUCUUGCUGCGUUUUACUGAUUUCGGGAAGGAUUUGAGGACCCAAAUGGCUCUGUCGUCGUUGAUUUCGGAGAUCCUCCAGAGGCCCACAAUUGGGGGCGUGCUGGCUGAGCUCGUGACGCUUAUGGCCCCGGUUUGGGUUGCUGUAGUUGUUGGGGUGCUGGUGGGAUGGGCGUGGAAGCCCAAGUGGGCGAAUUUGGGUAAGGACUUGUUGGAUGGGUCCAAGGAGAGCUCGCCGGUUUCUCCUUCGUGUUCUUCGUCGGGCACCAGCUCGAUGCCGAGCUUCAGUUCAUUCAAAUUGCAGCUCCCCGCUUGUAUUCCUUGGAUUUCUGAUGAUGGGGCUGGGAAGGAGAAUCUUUCUGUGCCACCAACCACCGUUUCUGAAAGCAGUUCUUCAGUGCGGGGAAAAGGGAUAUCUUCUCUUGUUAUGGAUGAUGAUUUGGAGUACUUGUGUCGGCUUGUGGAGGAGAAAGAUGGUGGACCUGCUUGGAUUCAGAUGAUGGACCGGUCGACACCCACCAUGGGGUACCAGGCAUGGCGUCGGGAUCCCGAGAGUGGGCCUCCCCAGUAUCGGAGCAGAACUGUUUUUGAGGAUGCAACCCCCGAAUUAGCGAGGGAUUUCUUCUGGGAUGACGAGUUUCGAUUGAAGUGGGACGAUAUGCUGAUUCAUGCAUCGACUUUAGAGGAGUGUCCCACUACUGGAACUAUAAUGGUCCACUGGGUUCGUAAGUUUCCCUUCUUUUGUAGUGACAGAGAGUACGUAAUUGGGCGUCGGAUUUGGGAAUCAGGUCGCUCGUAUUAUUGUGUAACAAAGGGAGUACCAUGUUCUUCUGUUCCUAGGCGAAAUAAACCGAGACGUGUUGACUUGUACUAUUCUAGCUGGUGCGUUCGUGCAGUUGAGUCCAAGAGACGUGACGGGCAGUUGACUGCCUGUGAAGUGUUACUCUUCCACUAUGAAGACAUGGGCAUUCCAUGGGAGAUUGCAAAACUCGGGGUCCGCCAAGGAAUGUGGGGAGCUGUCAAGAAGAUUGAUCCUGGGCUUCGCGCGUAUCAGAGGGAGAGGGCUGCAGGGGCUCCACUCUCCCGUUGUGCCUUCAUGGCCCAGAUCAACACCAAAGUCAGUGCAGAUUACCUGAGAUCACUGGAGAGCAUGACCGCCGAGACAUCAGAAACUGAGAAUGGCAGCUCUUCGCAGAAGCAGCUGGGGAGGAACAUCCCGAGACUAGUAAUUGUUGGUGGGGCCAUUGCCCUUGCUUGUACUCUUGAUCGAGGCCUCAUGACUAAGGCACUCAUAUUUGGGGUUGCGAGGAGGUUUGCGAAGAUGGGGAGGAGGUUGUGAUGAAUAGUGAUGUAUUGGAACGGUUCUUAGGACCGACAUGAGAAGCCCAACUUCACCGUGGUGAGUUUGGGUUCCUAUUCUCCUCAGCUGCAGCCUCCGGAAAGGAGCUGGAAGUUGCACCUUUCUAUCUGUUUUUAUAUAUUCUUUUUUGAUUUUCUGAGGUAAAAAAGGAGAUCUAGCAGCUAUGCAGCAUCUGAUCAGGACAGGUUAAAUAGCGUGUUGUACUUACUGAGAGAUUCCACAUUGCCGUGAAGAGGAUAGAUAUACUGCUUCUGCCUGCUAGAAUAACCCCGGAAAAGAAACUUGAGGUUCGUUUUUCAUGUUAAUGUACAUUUCGGUUCGACACUUCCGCAGUUGUUACCUGAAGAAACAAUUUGUAUUCACUAUGAAAAAUAUGUGUCUCCAUAUAAAUGUAGGAACAAUGUCGCAGUUCUUUACAA